ACCACAUCUACUCAUCGGAUGAUGAGGCACCAGAACAACCACCUCUUAAAAAAAGAAAAACUGCAGACAAAGAAAGUGUUCCACCAGCACCAAAACCUCCAUCAAUUCCAAAACGCACAAAGAAAAAAGGUCCUGUUGUGCAACCUCAGGUUUUGCAGAGCAGAGCUGUAAACUCUUUAAGCAACUCAUUUGUUAAUCAGCAACAAAGUGAUAUGGAAGACCAACAGCAGACCUGGUGUGAGAGUCUCCCCAGCUUUCAAGCUCCAGUGCGUGUUUCUCAGCCAGACCAUCACGGAGACGGUUGGAGUAUUGAUCCACCUAACACACAAGACCACACCUUUUCUGUCAUGAGACCCUCAGGGGACCACCUUGGAAGAACGCAGACGACUGUGGGCAUCUCUCAGGCAGACCAUCACGGAGCCGGCUGGAGUGUUCAUCCACCUAACACACAAGAGCACACCUUUUCUGUCCUGAGACCCUCAGGGGACCACCAAGGAAGAACACAGACGACACUGGGCAUCCCUCAGGCAGACCAUCACGGAGCCGGCUAUGGUGUUGAUCCACCUAACACACAAGAGCACACCUUUUCUGUCCUGAGACCCUCAGGUGAUUGUGACCACCAAGGAAGAACACAGACGACACUGGGCAUCUCUCAGCCAGACCAUCACGGAGCCGGCUAUGGUGUUGAUCCACUUAACACACAAGAGCACACCUUUUCUGUCCUGAGACCCUCAGGUGGCCACCAAGGAAGAGAACAGAGUACUUCUGGCGUGAGACAGGAAAAUCCAGUCUUGCGUCUGGUUCCAAAUCAAUGUACAUCUGUAGAAAGGGCCAUUCUAGAAACACUAGAGAAAAUGGACAUGAAGAUAAACCACCUGACUUCACUGGUCCAGUCUCUAGUGGGAAACAGGCGCUUUUUACCCCCAGUGGCAGAGCAAAAUGAGGAGGAAGAUGGAAUCUUUCCUCUUGCAUCCACUGAGGAUCUAGACCGGCUGGAGCAAAGUCUGUCAGACAGAGGUUUUAUGCAGAGAAUGGUGAACAGAUUAUCCAUCAGCGGCGGGCCAAAUAUGAAGAAGACCGUCUGGAGAAUCUGCUCCAAGGUGUUCAGCACCAACGUCGCCCGCCAACUGAACUGGUGUGGGAGAGGAGACAAGCGGGGGAUAAGAAAAUUGAAUAUCGGGUCUCUACUAACCGCUUCAGCCAUGAGGAAUCCCGUCCUGCCGUCACCAACGGAAGCAGAGGCGGAGAAAUAUAUCAAAGAUUUCCUCCGCUUGGCCCCAGGGAGGGUGUAA